UCUAACUCUAGACAAUUACAAAAAGAAGAACACAGUUGUUCGAGUUAUUUCGAAGCAACAACCCUACUUUUCCGUCACUACGGUAAACUCUUUCCGUUGGCUACCGGCACAGCGUGUUCUCCCGAGCGUUCGAUAGCCCCGGAUCGGAGGAGGCUUGUCGUCCUCCUCCCGCGUGCGCCGCGGCCGCACACUCUAAGGGAGACGCGGAAAGCAACCGGCUCGACACUUUGCCAGACGCCGUCUUUCAGGACGGAUCGAGAGUAAUCGAACGAUAUCGUUACUACUUUUUUUUUUUCGUCUUAUCCCGCGUCGCGUCUCGUUUUUUGUUAUAGGCCCCAUUUUAAAUCUCGAUCUUUAUCUUUGCCCUUCCGUCGAAGUGUGUUACUCGCACUCGUUAUUGAUCUUUGAUCUACGAGUCGUUUUCAGUUUCCAUCGAUCGAUCCACCGAUCGAUCGAUAAUUAUCGCGUUUAGUCGUCGAAAGAGAAACCGAUCAGAAAAAAUCGGUAAAAGAAAUCCCGUUGAACGUCGAACACGGAGAAUGACAUUUGAUUAUAAUUACGCGAACCCCUUCGUUAUAUUUAUUCGAUAAAAAAGGCAAUAACGAUUUAGGAUUAUAAACUCUACUAAUACGGAAAUCAAUCUCUUACGUCAAGCUUAAAAAAGGAUCAAUAACGUCGCGAGAAAGAGAAGCCGGGUAAUACACCGGCUUCGUUCGAACCUGUCGAUCCUCCUACCGUGGAGAUUCGUACGACGGUUCUUGAUCCAUCUCGAUCGUCGCGAGUGACUUAAACGAGAUCUCUUCGAUCGUAUACGAAGAGAAAAGUGCUCGACGUGGAUUUUUGUGACUCGAACGGCAACGAGGUCGAGGGUUUUGUGAGUAUGAGAGAGGCGGCAAUUAUCGCCGUUUGCCUCCUGGGCUUCGUCACCGCCGGGAGUCCUAGAUUGCCCAGGACCUCUGCGGAUCAACGCAAUACUCGCAAUGCCAGUGUCAACGUUAACAAUGUCACCGGGAACUCUCUGCCACCACCUUCUCGUGGUUCUCAAAGAAACAGGGAACAGUAUCUCUUCAACGUCUUCGAGGUCAUCGUCUCGACCCUUGAAUCGAAGCUACAACGAAUCGAGAAUCUCGACAAAGCUGUUGAACAUCUGAUGAGGCGAGUCGAAGCCUUGGACUCGAGGGUUAACGACAACAUCGAUAAAACCGACGCUGUCAUCGCUAAACUGAGGACGUUGGAUUUGAAACUGUUCAAUGCACAUCCUCCGAUAUCGCAGGAACAGAUCCAUGCGAGAUCGGCUGAGAAUGGGAGGGAGGAUAACGAGGCUGAAAGUGUUCCGAUAAUACGACUGAUCCAUCACGACAACGACGAACGAUCGCCAGAGUCUCUCGGUGAGAAAUUGAUUUCUCUUGAUCAGAAGGUAUCCGAUAUCGAUCACAAGUUGGUAAAUCUAAAGAAUCAACUCGACAAUAAUUUCUUACAAAACGACGACAUAAAUGCCGAGGCAAGCGAAAAGAAACCUGUCAGUAUGAGCGUCGUUGAGAUCACGAAGGCGAUGAGCAACGAGGUUAUGAAUCACGUGUCGAUCGAGAUCGAGAAUCUUAGACAAGCUACCGGUGCGUUGGAUCGUAAACUUCAAUUUCAUAUCAACCUGGUGUCGGACAAUUUAGGAGCGAUUUAUAAUUUGAUGACUGACGUACACGACGCGGUCGUUGACAAAGCAAUUGUGAACGAUCACAGAAAUUCUACUACGACUACUCAGCCACCACCAAAACAGAGCAAGUUCGAUCGUUUGGUCGAGAGAAUGCAUCCCAUGCUAACUGUCUCCGAAAAGAUGGACGAAGUUUGGAACGUCGUGGUCGGGACGAAAAAUUCGGUGGACGAUCUUCUUCCAAAGUCUGACGAGUUGCUUACUCAAACACAAAGACAGGAGAGAGCGAUCAGCGAGAUCCACGCUGAUCUUAGAACGAAAACGAAUAAGAUAAUAGAAAAUUUAGAAGGGGUUGAGAGUAGGCUCAAGAAACAAGAGGAUGACGUGGCGACGUUAGCUCAACGACAAAUACCAGCAGAACUUUUGUUGGAUCCUACGAUAGAUCGACUUGUCGAAUAUGAUCCAGGAAGAUAUGUUAACCUGCAGAACGAAAACUUCGUUACGGAAAUCUCGUCGUCGUCGUCUAUGAGCGCAACAACGAUUCCACCGUCGAUUCAAACGUCGACUUCGACUUCUUCGACGUUCCUCACUUAUACCACGUCUUAUCCAUCGAAUAAUGGAUCAUCGGCAACAACACCCAUGACACCAACUUCUGCUGGACCACAAAGAUCCACCACUAGAAAUCGUGGUGUCAUAUUCCCGAGUGUUAAAAAUAAACCAAGUCCUGCUAACACAACUUUCACCAGUGACAUCUUAAUCAAUUACAAAGAUAUCAAGGGUUUCUCGUGCGUGGACUUGCUAAAUGCAGGUAUGAGAGACAGCGGUGUCUAUUAUCUUCAAAUACGAGGUACCACAUAUUGGUUCCUCAAGGUCUACUGCGAGCAGGAAAUUGCUGAUGGUGGUUGGACGGUGAUACAAAGAAGAGACGACUUUGGUGAACCUAGAGAAAACUUUAACAGAGACUGGGCCGAUUACAAAAAUGGUUUUGGUAAUCCAGCUCGGGAAUUUUGGUUAGGAAACGAAAAUAUUUAUAUGUUAACAAAUAACGAGGAUUAUAUGCUCCGAGUUGAAUUAGAAGAUUUCGAAGGAAAUAAAAGAUACGCACAGUAUACGCACUUUAAAAUAUAUUCCGAGGGUGAAUAUUAUAAGUUGGAAAUCGAUGGAUACGAAGGUACUGCUGGUGAUUCUUUGAACGAUCCUUGGUAUGGAUCGAACAAUAGUCCAUUCUCGACUUAUAAUAGAGACAACGAUAGAUCAUCGUUAAAUUGUGCGUCCAUGCUAAAGGGUGGUUGGUGGUGGAAAUCUUGUGGACGUGGAUUGAACGGUCUUUAUCUUAACGACCCUCAAGACUUAUCGGCUCGGCAAGGAAUCGUAUGGUUCCGUUGGAGAGGCUGGGAUUACACGCUAAAAAGGGCGACUAUGAUGAUAAAACCUAAGGGACCAACGGCGUUUACCUAAACGAACGUUUCACGAAUUUUUCCUCUCUAUUUUUUUAUUUUUUCUUUCUUUCUUUUUUUUUGUUUUCUUUUUUUUUAUGUUUGUUUUUCUUUCUUUCUUUCUUUUCCCCCUGACGAGACGUAGUGUACGACGUGACGCGCGUAGACUUUAAGCGAAAACGUGAACGAAAACGAAAAUGACAAAAGAAAAGGAAAGAAGAAGAAGAAAAAGAAAAGAAGAAAAGAAUGAAAGAGAAAAUUAUUAUUUUAUACGACGCAGACGAUUAAUUAGCAAGUAUUUAAAUAUCGUUGUCUUCGAAUUUUGCGAACCACCGAUUUUUAACUUAAGUUGAAGCAGAAAAGAAAAAAGACAAAAAAAAAAAGAAUAAUUUCAUCGUCGUUAUCUGUCUCUCUAUGUCGUCAUUGAUUGAUUAAUUAAUUAAUUAA